AGGUGUUACGCUCGGUGAGUGGGCGGAGAGCUGGUCCUGCCACCUAGCGCCAGCGGACGGAAGUGGUACUCCCGACGUUAGCACUGCACGUGAAGAGGCUCCUUUGUCAGAAUUAGGCUCGUUUUUAUAUCUUAAACCACAAUGCCAUCAGAUGCGAAGAAGAAGCGUGAGCAGAAGAAGAAGGAAGCAGCAAAGGCCAAACAAAUUGGCAAGAAAGUAGAUAUCAAGGAAGAAAAGGAGCCUCAGGAAAAUGGGAGUUCAAACAACUCAAAGAAGAACUCUCGUGAAACAACACCAUUGAUGAACGGCAGCACAAAUGGCACUGAGAAGCUUAGUUCUGAAGAAAUUCUUUGCCGUAAACUUGAAGAAGAUAUGAAAAUUGCUAGUGAAGCCCGUUCCUGCACUGGUGUCUUGGGCAUCCACCCACGUGCUCGGGAUAUUAAGAUUGACAACUUCUCCAUCACUUUCCACGGAUCAGAGAUGCUUCAAGACACCAAAAUAGAGUUAAAUUGUGGUCGACGGUAUGGAUUAAUUGGUGCCAAUGGCUGUGGAAAAUCAACCCUGUUAGCAGCAUUAGCCCAGAGAGAGGUCCCUAUUCAGAGUCAUAUAGAUAUCUUCCAUUUGGUACGUGAAAUGCCAGCUUCGGACAAGACGGCACUCCAAUGUGUUAAGGAAGUGGAUGAAGAGAGAGUUCGCUUAGAAGCACUGGCUGAAGAAUUGGCAGCAAGUGAAGAUGAUGAAGCUCAGGAACAACUCAUGGAUAUAUACGAACGUUUGGAAGACUUGGGAGCUGACACAGCUGAGGCCAAAGCAGCUUUUAUCCUUCAUGGUCUUGGUUUUACACAUCACAUGAUGGAAAAGAAAUGUAAGGAGUUUUCUGGAGGUUGGCGGAUGAGAAUCGCAUUGGCAAGAGCACUCUUCGUCAAACCUCAUCUGCUGUUGCUUGACGAACCCACAAACCAUCUGGAUUUGGAUGCUUGUGUGUGGCUUGAAGAAGAAUUAGCCAAGUAUAAGCGAAUUUUGGUCAUCAUCUCUCAUUCACAGGACUUCAUGAAUGGUGUUUGUUCCAAUGUUAUCCACAUGGACAAGAAGAAAUUGAUAUAUUACGGAGGUAAUUACGAUGCAUUUGUGCGCACGCGCCUCGAGUUGCUGGAAAAUCAGAUGAAGCAGUAUCAAUGGGAACAGGACCAGAUCGCACACAUGAAGAAUUACAUUGCAAGGUUUGGUCAUGGUUCAGCCAAGCUUGCUCGUCAGGCUCAGUCCAAGGAGAAGACUCUGGCAAAAAUGGUUGCUGGUGGCCUUACAGAAAAAGUGAAUAAAGACAAGUGUCUCACAUUUUCUUUUCCGGAUUGUGGUAAAGUUCCUCCCCCGGUUAUCAUGGUCCAAAAUGUUAAUUUCCGCUAUAAUGAAAAUAGUCCCUGGAUCUAUAAAAACUUGGAGUUUGGUAUUGACUUAGACACGCGGUUGGCUUUGGUAGGCCCCAAUGGUGCAGGCAAGUCAACUCUCCUCAAGCUGUUGUAUGGAGAAUUGAAUCCCUCCACAGGGAUGAUACGCAAGAAUACUCAUCUCAGGAUUGCCCGUUAUCAUCAGCAUCUUCAUGAACUACUUGACUUGGAUGCAUCUCCUUUGGAGUACAUGAUGACUCAAUUCCCUGAUCUUAAGGAACGUGAUGAGGUCCGCAAAAUCAUUGGUCGAUACGGAUUAACCGGAAAGCAGCAGGUUUCUCCAAUUCGUCAGUUGAGCGAUGGACAGCGUUGUCGUGUUGUAUUUGCAUGGCUGGCCCAACAGGCACCACAUUUACUCCUACUUGAUGAACCUACUAAUCACUUGGAUAUGGACACAAUUGAUGCUCUGGGUGAUGCUAUAAGGGAUUUUGAAGGUGGCCUGGUACUAGUUUCUCACGACUUCAGACUAAUAUCUCAGGUAGCAGAAGAAAUUUGGAUCUGCGAAAAAGAAACGGUCACGAAAUGGCAAGGAGACAUUCUUUCAUAUAAGGAUAUGCUGAAGAAGAAAGUUCUGAGAGACAAUGAAAAAAGAAAGAAAAUGAUUUAAGUGUGAUUAUUCUAAUGAAUUUGAAUGCAGUGUAAGCAUAAAUAGAUUAAUUGUAAAUUGUUGACAAAAUUGUAAUAUCUCGCUAGAUAUGUAAAGAGAUCAAAUUGUGUGAUAUAAAUUAUAUUUUUAUUUUUAUUACUACUCCAGUAUACUAAUAUUGUUUACAAGUUGGAAGUCAUUUGUCAUAAAAUAUGUACAAUGUAUUAAUAUUGUUCUUCAUAAUAUGUUUAUGCUUUUAAGUGUUGUACGAAAAUUUUGUUCUCCCACAAUAUCAAAUUGCAAUUACUACUUUGGGGACACGUCAUGUUAUUCUGUUCUCGCGUUGAAUUUCAUCUUCCAUGUGUAAGAACACACUAUGCUUGAUAACGUCAGUUAAAUAGCUACAUUUGGUCAUUUAACAUUUCUGAUUGUGUACACUAGGUAGAUGAAAGUUUAUAUAAUACCUUGAGACUGGACUGAAAAUGUUAUUGUUCAUUUUGAAUGUAUUUUGGAAAGUCAUUUAUCUAUGUACAUAAUUAAAGCUGAAGUCUUGAGAGGAUUUUUACAUUGACGAAAAGAAGUUCCAACUCUAACUUAGUUGAAGUUGGAAAAAUUGGAACUAGGGAAAUUUGGGAAUUUAUUAAAUUUUGUUUAUUUUUUUUUUAGAUUUGUUUAGGAAGGUGACCGAUUGCCUUCGUAAAUUAUUGACAUUAUUUAGGUUUUCAGCUUUGUUUAUGGGGAGAAUCAUGCUGUUGCUAAAAUAUCCUCAAAAUAGUCCCAAAAUGUUUUCGGGAAUAGGUCAUUCGGUGUGAAUAUACCUGGUUGGUUCACGUUGAUUUUUUAUUAUUUUCUUUGCCAGCCGUCAGAAUUCAUAUAUUGUGAUGGCAAAGUUUUCUUACUUCUUUUCGUCCAGGUAUUAGUAACCUAAUUAGCAUUUGCGUAACUUUUAACGGGAAGAUGUUCAGAUUUUUUUUUUUAAUUGAGGUUCUUUGGCUACAUUGACUGCAGCACAACUUCAUAAUGCUAUACAGGCUUGAUUGUCACAUUACUGAAGUUAUUCCAGUUUGUUUUCCUUUUUAAUACUUGCUUGUCAUUUUCUCUCUAACUAAAUGCUCAGUAUUCAUGUCUCUCCUUGUCAGCUGUAGAAGUAUGUGGCUUAAUUAACCAGUUGCACCAUUACGUGGUGUUAUGUGAUGUUCUUUGGUCCAUCUGUGAUUUAUCUGGAAAUUUUUGCGACACUUUCUUGGGAUACAGUUUAGUUGCAAGAUGUAAAUGGUUAAAUUUUGGAAUUAUUGAUUUAAAUCUGUAUAAGUGUGGGAGGGGAGGGGGGGGGGAUUUUGUAAGAGGAUUUUCAAUCCUCUUACAAUCUUGUAAGAGGAUUGAAAAUCUUGUUUGUGGCAACAAUGAUUGCUUCCUCUGGACGAUUAUUGUUUAUGGGGGGUUUCCAAGUCCUGAUGCUUAAUUGAAUGCAUUGAACAGCAUAAUGCUCAGGGUUGAUGAAUACAUGAUAUUUUUAGAGGAGGAUUUUGCUUUUACAGGAUGUUUUAUCGCAAAUUUCUUAAUUUCCUGGGCAAGUGCGACAAUGUGAAGAGGCACAUGUGCAUGCAUACACACUUGCAAGAAUACGUGAUUCGGUUAUACCUAAGUAUCCACGUAGGAAUAAUGACACGAAAGCACUCUGAUUUUUCCUAUGUGGAUAUUUAUACACAUCCGUACAUAAUGAAUAUCACCAUUUAGUAGGCAAACUUGAAGGUAUAUAUAUAUAUACACACACACACAGAAACAGAUGUAUACUGCAUUCAGUAUGCUUUGUAGUGUACAACAGUAAAUUUAUUGGCAUAAGGUAAUAUUUAAAAAAAAAAAACUUGACCCUCUUAUAACCGAGACGUUGUCACCUUUUUUUACACUGGGUGGAAUAUGACGGGAUCCAGUAUGUUUGCUCGGUUCUGCAUAUUAUAUCAUCCUGCUUUGAAUUCGGUGAAUGAUUUGCAAAGUAAAGAACGUCUGGGUCUUUAGCAAAGUGGAACUAUUAUAUUUUUGGGGCAUUUAUAGGUGGGAUGUUAUGGUGAUAGUCUUUAUUUUUUGUUUUGCACAAUUCAUGUUGGUUACCAGUAAUAACAAAAUAACAGGAAGUUGUACAAGUUAAAUUCUUAUGUGGAAACAAGUAAUUUUCAUGUUAUUUGUAAUGCAGUUUUAAAUUCUGCUGGUUAUAUACAACUCUUUGUUGGUUGUACAACAGUUUUGAUGUCAGUUGAUUUUUUUUUUUUUUUUUUUUUUUUUACAAGCUGUUUACACUGCAUUUUCUCUAGGUAAAACUUAUAUAAGUAAAUUAUAUUAUUUUGCAUUCGAUAUUGAAACUUAACAAGAGCAUAUUGUACAUAGUUUUGCAUUGCACACUAUGUAGUGCCGAUACUGUGUACAGAUUUUUUUACUUAUUUAACAGCGUGGAAACUUUUAUGAAACAUCCUUAGGAUGCGUGACUGUAUUAGAAAUUAUCAUUCUUUGAAGAUCUGCAAUAAAUGCUUUAAGAAUG